UGCUCUUGAAUUGGAAAAUAUCACUGAAAUGAUAAUUUUUAUGAUUAGUGUGGUGAUAUACAAUGGGUUUACCGCCUAUUGUGACGGGAGUUUCGCCCAAGGAAGGGCCCCCAGGAACUCGAGUCACUAUACGAGGAGAAAAUUUUGGCAGUGGACCUGACGAUAUUAUUGGCCUUAUUAUUUGCAACUCAGAUUGCUUACUGUCUGCUGAGUGGGUUUCCAGUAAUAAAAUUGUUGCCAGAUCAGGCCCGGGGAAGAGCAAGGGGGAUAUAAUUAUCAUCACUAAAUCUGGAGGAAAAGGUUCAUGUACAGUCCAGUUUAGAGGCUAUCAUGAAACAAUAGGGCCUUUGAAAGAAAGUGCAGUUUGGGUUGAUGAAUCACAUUUGACUGGGCUAGGGAGACAUAGAGCUCUAAUUCCUUCUAGCUAUCAACAAGAUGAUCCAUUGGGGCUGUCAGUUGAAAAUGCUGUGAAAAAGUACCCAGAAGAAGAACUACAAGAAUUGUUUCCUGAAUCAAAUGGAGAGCUUGGGAGUGAACAUUUUUCACCAUCUUGGUUCUUAUUACAACAUCACCAUAGCACUGGGUUUGAUGAUUUGAAAGCUGGGCUAAGCUUUCUUAAACGUAGAGUUGAAGCUCAAAAGGAAGGACAAAUAUCUUUUUUAAAAACUCAUGCAGGUUCGGUAAUAGAACAGAUGGAUACAUUGUUGACGUUAAAAAAGGUUGUGGAAGACAAUAAAACAAAAUAUGGACCGGAUAUGACAGCCUCGCUGGAAAAUUCCAUCUUGAGCGCGAAAACCGAAGCUGGUCGGCUAUUUGACGAUGUUCUCAAACGUAAAGAGCAGGCUGAUGGAACAAGAAAUGCUCUAGGAAUUUUACAAAGAUUCCGAUUUCUGUUUCACUUACCCUCCACUCUUGAUAAAAACAUUCAGAAAGCUGACUAUGAUUUAGUAAUCAAUGAUUAUGCAAGAGCAAAAGCUUUGUUUAGAAAUACCGAAGUACAGGUUUUUAAAAGAGUGUUGCAAGAAGCAGAACAGCAAAUUUUAAACCUUAGAGAGGUUCUUCAAGAGAAGCUGCAGCAGUAUCCCACUUCACUCGAAGAACAAAAAAAAAUUAUCAGAAACUUGACAAACCUUGAAUGUCCCAAUGAUCCAGCUUGGCUUUGUAUCGCAGGUCAAUACAAGCACUGUUCUCAGGUUUUGUUCCAAUGUAAGGAUAAAUACCUGGGAUUGGAACAAGAAGAAAUAGUGAAAUCUGGGCCAUCAAAAGGAAAGCGAUCAAACAACCUCGUAUUACCAUCUUCUAGUUCUGCCGAACCUCUACCUAAUAGCACACCGGGAAGGGUAACAUUUCUCGAAGAGCUGAAUGAUCGAUUUAUGUCCGUAUUCCCAGAACUUUGGAGACUUGGUCAAGCCUAUUUUGCUGGAGAAUUAUUUGUUCGGACGGACGCGUUGAAAAAGGAUGAAUUUAAAAAAAUGGUGUUGGACGUGGUAACAAUUUUUAGCCAGCUUAUCAGAGCUGCCCUUGUUCCUCAUACACUGGACCGCCAAUCUCCACAUAGAGCUCAGUUUGGUAUUUGGCAACCCUUCAGUGGUAUAUUUUCGGAUCAUGAAGGAAUAGGGUCCUGGUUUGUACUUUGUCUUCGAACUGUUCGGACCUGCUACGCCGAAUUGCUGACACUUGAUUUGCCUACAGAAGCCAUUGAUGUAAUUCGUGACCUGCUUCACGAUUUGAGGGUCCAUUGCAUGAGGAGCCUAUUAAUGCAAGCCGCUGAAAACGUCACACAUCUGGCCAGCCAAGAGAACUGGAAAUUAGAGUUUAUUGAAUCACAUGGAUCCAUCACUCAGUUGCCUCAUGUGUUUGAAACGCAAGUCAUCGAAUGCUUGCAACUAGUGAAGGAGACAGUAUUCCAAUCAGAACAACGUGAAACUAACUUAAUGGAAAAUUCAUCUGUGCUCAGCGACUUGAAUCUCCUAGUGCAAAAAUUAUUAUUCAGUUUUGCACGUAGCACAGAACGUUUGGCGUCUUCAGACCAGAAUCAUACGGAAGAUAUAACUCGCGAAAUGAAGUUGUUGCUGGGGCUCAGUAAUUGCCAGUAUACAAUGCUUUACAUUUUGCCCAGAUUGAAAGAACAUUGGAAUAAACUGGGCUACCCUGAUCUUUCGGCUGCCAUUCAGGCGGCAAAGGAAUUACUGACGAAAACCGAAGAGCGAUUAAUGGAAGCCUACCUAGAAGAGAAGGUUGAGCCCCUAAUCGGAAUUGUGGAACCUUCUAUGUAUGCAGGGCGCUUUGAUUGGAACAAGAAUCUUCCUAUCACCAAUGAUAUUCGGCCCUACUGCAAAGAAAUAAUUAUGAACAUGAUUGCUGUUCAUGCUGAAGUUGCCCAAGUUAGCCCUUCACUAGUGUCUCGUAUUCUCGAAAGAGUUGUGCGUGAGGUGGCAGCAGAAUUGGGACGGUUAUUUUCCUGCGUCAACAAAUUCUCCGAGAGCGGAGCACUUCAAGCAUCAGCAGACGUUGCCGCCUUAUCUAGAGCAUGCCUAAGGGUCAGGAAGCAUUCCAAUGAUAUGCGUUCGGAGCCUGUCAAUCCUUUUUCUGAAGCAGCCGACAUGAUACCGCCACUUACGACAGAAAACAGUAUUGAGUCACAUAACAGAAUCCUAAUGAACUUCGAAAAGCGCAUGAAAUUCCAGUUAUUUUGUCUCGACUUAAAAUAGCACAACAGGAAUUUCCAUUACGCUCUAUUAUGGUUUGAUGCGUGGAAACAUUUCUAUUGAGACGGUCAAGCGCGAAAUGCCAUUGGUAAACUUUUAAACCUUUGAUCUACUGUCAGCUUAUUUACAUUUGAAUGGGUCUCAUCCAGCAUGAUGAAAAUCAUGGUUACUCUAUCAUGAUUUCCAACAAUUUACGAUUAUCCAACUAGAAGUGCUUUACUGCGAUGCCAUAAAAGUGCAAUAUGCAAAAAUUUAUAGCACUGGACGUUCGAAGGACGAAAACAAGACAUUUUUUUGAAAGUUGACAAUUAAAUUUAAACGCAUUAACGGAGAUUGGAGCAAAUUUUCUUUUUCUGUUAUUACACACAACCAUUGACACCAGGACGAGUUCGUUUGGUUGAACAGUUGUUCGGUUUCGCUGGCAUCUUUAUUGUCAAACACUUAAUGAAAUAAUUUUAUUCAAUCAAUUUUUUGGCUUUGAAAAAGCGGCGGAGAUAUAACACCUGCCAAGUAGCCAAGGCAACCAAACACAACAUACUGAAAACACUGAAAUACAAUACUCUGGAAUUGGUGGAUUCUGCAGAGAGGAAUUUUUAAACAGGAUUUAAAAAACCUUCUUGUAUCAAGCAGAAUCAAACAAUAGUUACCAUUGGUAUCCCUCA